CUCGUUACGAAAUACGGAUGGUUGAGUGUUCUGUGGUACACUUUCGAUUUCAUUUUUUUACCGUUUAAAAAAAGCCGCAGGUGUCUUUAAAGUUUAAACCGUAACUUCCCUUCAGGAUCAGUGGACUGUUUUUGGCGGACUAUCAGCAAUGCACCGCACCAGCAAAGCCCGAGCCUCAUCUUCCGCUAAUUCCUCUGUUGCGGAUGGCGACCGAUCGCGUGUUCCAACCCCGAAGCCAUUUCUUCAUGGGACAGUGAUUUGCAUCUUGCCUUUGAAAUUACAGAACGCAAGACUGAAAAUUCUUCAUAAGCGUUUGGGCGAAUCUGGAGCUGCUAUUGUAUCUUUUGAUACAAAAUCGAAAAACUUCCCGGAUUGCACGCAUGUUCUUGUGGAAGAGAGGGUUGUCUUUGACGAGCUGUUUGAACUUUUUGCUGUUUUAUCUUUAUUGAACCUGAAGGACAUUGUUGGGAAAGCUGAGUUUGUCCGUAUACCAUGGGCGUCCAAGUGUCUGAGUGGGAAAAGUAAAUGUCCGGAAGCAGAAUUCAGCUUGAACGCGCAGUUUACGGUUUUGAUCGAGGUGAAACUUGAAAAGACGAAAGGUGUAAAGCGAAAUCAUUCUCCAGAACGGUCUUCGGAAAAACCUGCUGGGACGGUUAAUGUCACACCGGUUUCUGUUGGUUCCGGGAAGAAAAAAUGUCGUGCUGAAGCUGGCUCGAGUUCAUAUGAGUCGAGCGCGGAAGAAGCAAGCGAUUCGGCAGAUGGCGAUGAGGAUAAUGUGUCGCCCAUUGCUGCACGUCAUUUGGGCAAAUAUGUUUGUUCGGAGGCGUCCUCAUCGAAAGCGAAGAGUUUGAACGGACACAUCACCGGGCCUCUUGAGGAAUUAGCCAGUGUGUAUAAAAAUAAUGGUGAAGAAUUCCGGAGCAUGGCAUAUGGGAAAGUGAUUUCGUUUUUGAAAAAUCAUCCCAAACAGAUUACGAAAGUCGAGGAGUUAAAUGGCUUUCGCAACAUUGGACCUAGCAUCAGAAGCAAAAUAGUGGAAAUUUUGGAAACUGGUGCUUGUCAGAAAGUGGAGGAAGUGUGCCAGGAUAAUGAAUUCAAUCAGGCAGUGAAGCUUUUUUGUAACAUCCAUGGCGUAUCUUCGAAAACCGCUACCAAAUGGGCUGCCUUGAAUCUGCGAACGUUGGACGACGUGAGGAACACCGUUAAACUCAACGCACAACAGUCAGUCGGCUUGAAACACUACCAUGAUUUUAUUGACAGAAUUCCGCGCGAUGAAGUAGCUCUCAUUGAGAAUACGGUAAAAGAGGCAGCGCUGGAUAUUCAAGAGGGACUAACCAUUACAACAUGUGGAUCCUACCGGCGAGGUAAACCGACAUGUGGCGACGUGGACAUUUUGAUAUCGCAUCCGGAUGGCAAGUCCCAUCGAAGUGUUUUUGCGCCGCUGCUCGAAAAUUUGCAUGCUACAGGUUUUUUGACCGAUGACUUAUCGAUCGGUGAAGACGGAACACAGAAAAAAUACUUGGGAGUGUGCCGCUUACCAGGAGAACUUCGCAAGCACCGACGCUUGGAUAUUAUAUGUGUGCCGUAUAGUGAAUUGGCGUGUGCGCUGUUGUACUUUACGGGAUCGGCACAUUUUAACCGAUCAAUGCGAUCUUAUGCACACCGAUUAAAUAUGGCCUUGUCUCAUCACUCCUUAAACAAGAAUGUGAUUCGCGUCAAGCGGGAGAAAAUGUGUGAUGGAGAAGUGUUGCACACACCGACUGAAUUGUCAAUCUUCGAACAUCUCGGAAUGACAUUUCUGGAACCCGUGGACAGAGAUCAUUGAUCCCCGUAUUAAUUUUAAGUAUUUGGACAUUUUCGGCACACUUAGGAUGAUUUGUUAAUACGACAUCUGACCGGUUUAGAACGAUCGCAUUAGGGCAGCCUUUUAGGCGAUUUUUCCGUUUGCUGAACUGGACGUUUUGGGCUCGUUUGUUUUAUGGUUUAAAAUUUUUAUAUUAAAGUUUAUCAAGCGCUUUUUGCAUGCUACUGUAAAUUUGAUUUUUUUGUGAUUUAGAUUGAGAUUAAUUAAGUUAUUGCAACUUGGGAUUUUUGUAAACUACGUAUGUUCUUAUCUUCAGCGUAUUGCGUCGCAAGCAUUUUUCGAUGUCUUUAAUAAACAUCUUGUAGAAUGUUUUAUUUUGUUAUACUUUUUCUGUCACACAAUGUAUUGAGUAUUUUCUGGCAAUAAAAAAU